GGUAAAGCUGUAAACAGGAAACGUGUUAUGUCAAAAUUGUACCAACCGUCAACCAUGUGAAUAUAAGAAACAAAGAAAUCAAUGAACGAAUAUAUGUCAUCGAAAUCCAUUCAAAACUGGCAAAAUAACAGAUGAUGUCAGGCCUCGUUGGCGCAGUAGGCAGCGCGUCAGUCUCAUAAUCUGAAGGUCGUGAGUUCGAGCCUCACACGGGGCAGUAUUUUGUUAUAUCAUCUUUCUACAGUUGAAAAUCCGAUUAUACAUUAAAAAAAAGUUCAUUUUGGUUUGAAUAAUAUUAGAUCACAUGGCCUUCAUCGAUUCUCAUAUCUAGGUGACAGAUGAGAGUGGAAUCCAACAUGCCAUUGACAAAAUAAAAGCAGUAAUUCCAGCAUACUUACAUUAUAAAAUAAUUAUUACAUUACACUGUUUAUAAAAUAUACAAAAGCAUUAGCAGCUUUAACUGAUUAGUAUGUUAUAAUACACUUAGGUAUUCCGCAGCUGAAAUACAUGAUAAAAUUAAAUUAUAGUGCAAGCAUAGAGACAAUAAUUGCAGUCACUUUUACGCACACAAUGGAAUUAUUCUCACUAUAUUAAUCAAUGGCCUCAAUUUAUAUUAAUAAAUAAUACAAAACUGUGCGUGAGGGCACGGAGUGAAAAAAGUAUCUACCAAUACCCAACUAAUCCAACGGAUGGCGCCAAUGUUUAACUGUGGAGAACAGACUCAUUUCAUAGUUGCGUUUUCCAAUUCCGUCCUUUUUGUUUAAAAUUCCUUUUAAAUGCGUUUGAUUUUUGUUUCUUGCUCACUUAUUUCUGAUUAAUUACUGUCAGACGGUUUAUACAAUGUUUGUGCAAUAUGUUAACAUAUAAAAAAAUCAGCAACCGUUGAAACUGUUCACAAACGUUCUCCUCUCCAAAUCUUAAUCUUAAAUCUCAUUAGAAGCAUCCAUACUUGCACAAAAGAAUCACAAAAACAGACAGAGAAUGCAGCCCCUGUAGAUUCUGUUGAUGAAACACAUCGCCAUCCUGUUGCCAAUUAGUGUUGAUUGAACGGAUUCAUUUGAUGUAAUUUACAUAUUGAGCGACAUUUCUUUACAUCUUACCAUCAAUUAAAAACAAGCGCUAGCUAACCACAACAAAUAAAGAAACGGCACUAAAAGGUAGCUCAACAGUUUCAGAAGUGUAAUUAAAGUUGUUAAAAUCCCCUGAUUGGGCUCUACAUACCUUAUUGGAUACCCCAACGAGAGAGAGAGAGAGAGAGAGAGAGAGAGAGAGAGAGGGAGCCACCUCAGAUGGAGUUCUCGGUCUCUGUGCUCCGUACAGUCUCACACUCUUUAUAACUUUAUCACUCACCUUUGACAUGUUGCGAUGUUCCGUACAGCCUCACGACACGUGGAUUUGUUUUGGCUGAUUUUACUGCACCUGCUUGUUGCACCGGAUAACGGCUAUGCAUCGGCCGACGGGGGCAGCUGUCAUGAGGUGAAGACUGCGUACAUGAUGCGCCAGAUAGGUCCAGUGGAGCUGGUGCCGGACAAACCAAGAACAGAUGAGUCUCUCCGAGUGUGUUUGCACCCGGGGCCCACUUGCUGCACCAGUAAAAUGGAGGAGAGCUACAUGGCGGCUGUUCGCGGUGAGACGCAGCAGAAGAUACAGUCUUACAGCUUUGAGCUCAAGUACCUGAUCGCUGGACACAUCAAGGCCUAUCAAGAGACAUUUGACUCACUCAUAUUUUUCACAUCCAACCUGACCAGCUCCCUGUUCGACAGCGCUUACUCUGCGUUGGCUUCUGACUGUCGCCCCCUGGUGUUCCAGCUGUUCAGUGACAUCAAACGACAUCUUUCUGGAGACCCACAUUCCUCACUGGAAAACACUGUGCGUCAGUUCUACGACAGCCUCUUCCCUUUAGUUUAUCGAAGGCUCCUCAACCCGGGUUUCGGCCCCGUGGCCCUCCACUCUCACUCCCCUAUUUCUAAUGGACAUGACGAUUGCCUGCAAAUGACACGACAGGAUGUCAGUCCAUUUGGACCCCAUCCUCGCCUUCUGGUCAGCAGCUUGUCCCGUGCACUUGGAGUAGGGCGAGCACUGAGCCGACUGCUUCAAUUGGCCAGCGAGGUUGUGAAUGUAACCCAAAAGGCAGCGAUAUCAAGAGAGUGUGGACGAGGACUGGUCAGGAUGCAGUACUGUUCUCACUGCAGGGGGCUGACAUUGAUACGGCCCUGUAAUGGACUUUGUAUUAAUGUGAUGAGAGGAUGUCUGGUCGGGGUAUCAGAACUCGAUGUUCCCUGGAGGCGUUUGGUGGUCAUGCUACAACAGUUAGCCGCCACUUUAGCAACAAGCAGCAACCACAACAGCAUGGAGUUGGCUCUGUUAGCGAUCCGAAACCAAGUGAAUGAUGCCAUACUGCACGCUCAGCUUCACGGGACGCGCAUCACAGCCACAGUGGAAAAAGUGUGUGGCCCCCUGGAAGCUGGUCCUGUAAUAACAAGACCUAAGCCCACCACUUCCCAUGAUGCAACUUCAUCAUCUGCUACAUCAAAAACGUCAGAGAGGUCAACUGUGAAGAGCUCUGCUACUCAUCAGCAGCAACAGCUGCAGUCUAGGAGGUUGUUCCCAUUAAAAGAUUCCAAAAGUGACAAAAGUCGAAACUUGAAAAAACUUUCAAGAGAUUUUGAGGGCUCCAUCCAACGGUACCAGUGGUUUUUCUCUGAACUGCCGGAGAUGCUGUGUGAGAGUGAGAUGGAGGCUGAACAUCAGGCGUGCUGGAGCGGCCAGGACAUCGCAGAGAGUUAUCCUGGACGUGUAGUUGGCAGCACUUUAAAGGCCCAAAGGGAAAAUCCAGAGAUGACGGUUCGUCAUACAGACCUUGACCUAAAAAGGAUGAAACACAGACUGGAGCAGCUAACACAGGAGCUGUUAGUGGAGCUUGGCUGGGCGCGGAAAGGAAGAGUGGAAGAGGAGGAAGAGGAGAAGACUGAGAAGGAUGAGGAGGAGGAGGAAGAGGAGGGAGGGAGCACACACACAGACAGAGGCAGUGGAAACGAGUGUGACGAUGAAGAUGGCUGUGAAGCAUCUGGUGAAGAGAAAGGUGAAGAGAUUGUUGAAUCAUCCAGCGGCCGUCGUCCGGACACAAAGACUGUGGUCCGUCCUCCUCCUCUUCCUCAUCACCCAGUUCCUCCCCCUCAGAUUUCUCCGACACAGGUGACUGUUCGGGGUUCAGCUCACACCACGACGACCGGACCUGUGUCUACGACCCUUGUGACCUUGCUACUGCUGCUGCUGUGUGCGUGGGAACCACACUGACCAACAGGAGGGAGAUGCUGAGAGGUAGUGAAAACAAGGAGACAAACAUAAACACAAACUGUUGGCGGUGUUGGUAAUUUGGGUUGGUUUUUUUUUGGGGUGCAGCCGAACCAGAUGCGAACAUAUUACGGAAGUGUCGCCGUUGCCUUGGCGCAGUAUUCAUUUUGAUCUUGUAUUUAUUUCUAACAUGAUGGAUUUUCUAACACCACUUAAUUUUUAUUGUAGAUAAAUGUAAAGCAUGUGUUUCACAGAGCCAUAAAUACCAGCGGCUCGACCUGCGCGUCCAUACGGAGAGAUCACUUCACACAAGAGGUGUUUGGCUUGACCUUUACAUUUUAUGACGACUCCUAAUGGCUACAAGUGCAGCGCUUCAAACUUUCAAUGGUUGUGCAGAGAAAGUAACUAAGUUUAUCACAGAAAUACCCAAUACUGAGAGACAAAAAAAGAAUUCCCACCUGUUAAAAUAACAAAACCAAACCAAACACUCUUUGUGUGAAAAUACGAGGCAAGGUUUAGUGUCAAACAAAAUUAAACAAGUUUAAUUAGUGCAUCACUAACAUCUGGUGUUUAUUUGUUAAUUAACUUUCAAUCAAAGUCAACAAAGGUCACUUUUCUACAAAGAAGUAUCACGUUUUAUUAUUAUAUAUACUAGAUAUAAAGUCUUCCCAUAAACACCCACCAGAAAACAACACCGUGAAUUCAUGACAAACAAGUGAAAUGACAAACGUUCAUUUGAAAACAACACAAUGAUUGGCGGCAGCUGAGAGAAGCCAGGUUCUUCUGCUACACCCAGUUGCCCCCACAGCCAAUCAGCUGGCUCCAUAUAAAACACCUCACACACACACACACAACACCUGCAACCAAUCACACACACAAUGAAAAUGCAGGACAAAGCAAACAGGAAACACCUGGGUUUGUAACGAGUUUAAACACCAAGAGGCUGAAAGUGAAAUAAGAACCUGUAAAUUGCAAAUGAAUGAAAUGAAUAAAAUACAGUUUCAGCAAAAUAUCAGACUCAAAAUGCAAAAAGAAAAGUGAUAUGUAUAGCUAAAGUAAAAUUGGCUAAAAGUUAAGAAAUAGCUACAGGCUAAUUGGCCCAUAAACUAAAUGUUAAAAUUAACAUUUCCCGAGAUUUUUUUUCAUACAAGUAUUUUAUGUUAUUAUUUUAAUCUCCCAGCAGUGUAACUUCCUGGCCUGAACAGCAUUUCUACCAUAUUAGCAGUAAUCUUUUCAGUUGUUGAAGUCGAACAUUUUUAUCAUUUACAUUUAUCAUUCAGUGAACGGUAAAUAAAGAUUUAGGGUUCAGAGUUUCACACCUAAUUCAAAGAAACGUGAAGACCAGACUGACUGUUCAUCACCGUGUCACCGUGAACCUUUGUGUCUCAGCAGCGUCACUCUGUCCCCAGUGACAUCAUCACACACCAGUGUUGAUCUGAGCCCAGAUUCUAACAGGCCAAUCAGAUGUAAUUCAUGUUAAUAAGGAUCAUCGCGUCUCUGUUGAGUUUCGCCCCCUCCGACCCCCGACCCCAUCCCUCUCCUAUCACCAUCCCCCCCUCAUCCUCCAGCACCACCCAACUCCUCUGAUCCUCUGCUUGAAUACUGAUGAAACACA